CCGCAGGAAGGCUCCGGGCCCCCCGCGCCCGCUCGCUGCCUCGCCAGCCGCAGCCUCCUCUAACGAUCGGUUCGCGUCCGUCCCCUUCACCGAGUUUCAUUCAUCCGAGGACGGUUGGCGCAGUUGCAGGCCCGAGGCACAUGGUAGUGAGGGAGGCGGACCAGGAGCUGCCUGAAGUCUGACAGGGACCCACGCGGUGGGCCCCGGCCCGAUAAAUGCAAGGAGUGGAGUAGCGUGCGGGUGCGGAGUUCCCAGGAAGAAGUGUCGCUUGAGCAGAAACUUUAACAAACAGGAGGAAUAGGAGAGGUGGCAAGUUCAAAAGCCCUUUCUCAAGAGAGGGUUUUGUGCUUUGGAGUGAAGGAAAGAAAGGCAGCAGGGGUAGAGUGUAGAAAACAGGAGAAUGAGCUCCAUGUGAUGAGGUAGGGAGGGCGUCUGUGUCCUCCAGGCCUUUGUGGCCAAGGUCCAUCGCCAUCGUUGCAGGCCACCAUCUGUUGCACGUUCUAGACACCCUGUCAGUGUUCGUGGAAUGAGUAUGUGAAGGUUAGCAAGGUACCCAUUGAUACUGGACUUCUUCACCUGAUAACCUUUCAAUAGCCCUUGGCCACGUGGGGGCCAAGUCAUUCAGUCGAUUGACUUAUUGGGCAUCUGCUCCAGACACUGAACUGGUCCUCAACAGCACAAAGCAAAGAGACUGGACUAGCCCCGUGCUGUCAGGCUUGGGUUGAAGCUUGAUUCUGCCAUUGACUAAUAAGGAUGUUGGUCAAGGUUCUCCAAUACAACUCAUGAGGGUUUCAAUGUCACCCUCCAUACCACCUUGGGUGUCACGACCAAACUGGUGCUCCCGACCCCUGCCAAGCCCAUCCUCCCUGUGCAGACGGGCGAGCAGGCCCAGCAGGAGGAGCAGUCAAGUGGCAUGACCAUUUUCUUCAGCCUCCUUGUCUUAGCUAUCUGCAUCAUAUUGGUGCAUUUACUGAUCCGAUACAGAUUGCAUUUCUUACCAGAGAGCGUUGCUGUUGUUUCUCUAGGUAUCCUCAUGGGAGCAGUUAUAAAAAUUAUAGAGUUUAAAAAACUGGCAAAUUGGAAGGAAGAAGAAAUGUUUCGACCUAAUAUGUUUUUCCUCCUCCUGCUGCCGCCUAUCAUCUUUGAGUCUGGAUACUCCUUGCACAAGGGUAACUUCUUUCAGAAUAUUGGUUCCAUCACUCUGUUUGCUGUUUUUGGUACAGCGAUCUCUGCUUUCGUAGUAGGUGGAGGAAUCUAUUUUCUGGGUCAGGCUGACGUCAUCUCUAAACUCAACAUGACAGACAGUUUCGCAUUUGGCUCCCUAAUAUCUGCUGUUGACCCCGUGGCCACUAUUGCUAUUUUCAAUGCUCUGCAUGUGGACCCCGUGCUCAACAUGCUGGUGUUUGGAGAAAGUAUUCUCAACGAUGCCGUCUCCAUUGUCUUGACCAACACAGCUGAAGGUUUAACAAGAAAGAAUACGUCAGAUGUCAGUGGGUGGCAAACAUUUUUACAAGCCCUUGGCUACUUCCUCAAAAUGUUCUUUGGCUCUGCGGCACUCGGCACCCUCACUGGCUUGAUUUCUGCAUUAGUGCUAAAGCAUAUUGACUUGAGGAAAACGCCUUCCUUGGAGUUUGGCAUGAUGAUCAUUUUUGCCUAUCUGCCUUAUGGGCUUGCAGAAGGAAUCUCACUCUCAGGCAUCAUGGCCAUCCUGUUCUCGGGCAUCGUGAUGUCACACUACACGCACCAUAACCUCUCCCCGGUCACCCAGAUCCUCAUGCAGCAAACCCUCCGGACCGUGGCCUUCUUGUGCGAAACAUGUGUGUUUGCAUUUCUUGGCCUGUCCAUUUUUAGUUUCCCUCACAAGUUUGAAAUUUCCUUUGUCAUCUGGUGCAUAGUGCUCGUGCUGUUCGGCAGAGCCGUCAACAUUUUCCCGCUUUCCUACCUCCUGAACUUCUUCCGCGAUCACAAGAUCACCCCGAAGAUGAUGUUCAUCAUGUGGUUUAGCGGCCUGCGGGGGGCCAUCCCUUACGCCCUGAGCCUGCACCUGGACCUGGAGCCCAUGGAGAAGCGGCAGCUGAUCGGCACCACCACCAUCGUCAUCGUGCUCUUCACCAUCCUGCUGCUGGGCGGCAGCACCAUGCCCCUCAUCCGCCUCAUGGACAUCGAGGAUGCCAAGGCACGCCGCAGGAGCAAGAAGGACGUCAACCUCAGCAAGACGGAGAAGAUGGGCAACACCAUCGAGUCCGAGCACCUAUCGGAGCUCACCGAGGAGGAGUACGAGGCCCACUACAUCCGGCGGCAGGACCUCAAGGGCUUCAUGUGGCUGGACGCCAAGUACCUGAACCCCUUCUUCACACGGAGGCUGACACAAGAGGACCUCCAUCAUGGGCGCAUCCAGAUGAAGAGCCUCACCAAUAAGUGGUAUGAGGAGGUGCGCCAGGGCCCGUCGGGCUCUGAGGACGACGAGCAGGAGCUGUUCUGACCCUUCUGGCAGACAGGGCCCAGGCGGGCCUUGCCACCCACAGACACCGAGCGUGGCCCUGGAAGUAUUUGCACUUGGCAGCCUCUUCAGGGUGUCAGAAGGAGAGUGACGCGUGGCUGCGGAAUCUUCUUAGCCCGCAGUUUUCCAGGCCUUUGGAAACUCUCAUCUCCCCACUCCUCACUGAGCAGGGCCUCCAUAGAGUGGAGUGGCCUCUGUCAUGGGUAGUGCCCCCUCCUGCUUUGGCAGCCCCUGUGCAGCCCCUAAGAGAGCGGUUCGGCCUGGACAGGGAAGCUCGAGCCAGGGCCUGCAGGGAGCGCUGAGCCUGGAGCCUGGGGGUCAGGGUCUAACCCUCGUGCAGGCUUGGAAAGCCAGAAACCUCAACCCCCUGAGAAGGAAAAGCUGAGCGACCCUUUUUCUUUACCUCUGAUUGGCACCUCACCGCCUGUCUUCCCGGGGCAGGCAGCUGCUGCCCUGCUCGGGGCGUAUCGUGAAUGUUUACACUGGUGCCCACCUUGAGGCUGGGCCCUUCUUAGAGCCUGGUUGAAAGCUGCAGCCCUGGGUCUCAGGCUGGGGCAUUGGGCUCUUUUGUGGGGUCAGAGCGCCCCCUAGAGAGAAGCUGGAAAAUGGUGUCUGCGGCCAGCCAUGGCUGCCUUGAUUCUGUUUCAGUUCAUGCACUUUUACCAAGUCCAGGAGUCUGGUAGCCUCCUGCCUCGGCCGGCAUCCCAUCUCCCUCGCUGGGUCCUGCUGCUCCGUUGUUCUCGGUCAUCCAGCCGAGGUCCUUUGCCAGCUGUAUGUCCACCUGCCAUUACCUGCUGCCACCUUCACUGCUGUGUAGGGUUCUAUUCUCUUCAGUUCCCUACCAUCUUGGUUUCUGUCCGUCUCCCGUGCUGGGGUGCCAGCUCCCCACCCAGAGGUACCAUCUCGGGCCCUGCCUCCCCUGCCGCCUCAAGCUGCCAGUCGUUUCCGUGUGACCCACACCCCGUUCCCACCCACCUUUCGUGUAACUGCUCCACUACGCCCAUCCACAGGCGUGGACAGCGUUCCCCUAUGGCUCUGGGUCCCAGCUGGAGUCGAGAGCAGAACCCUCAGGUGAUUCAGUUCAUCACGGGCAUGUCCUUGGCUCUCAGUGGGACACUGUGGGCCCACAGUCUGUAUGGGCCAGCAUGCCUUGGAGUGGUAGAAGGUGUAUUUCUCUGUCUUGUGCCCCAGGCAGGGUGACUCUGGAAUCAGGAAGGACCGACCGCAGACCCCCUAGGAUUCUUUUUUUUUUUUUUUUUUUUGAAUUUUUUAAUAUUUAUUUUUUAGUUUUCGGUGGACACAACAUCUUUGUUUGUAUGUGGUACUGAGGAUCGAACCUGGGCCGCACGCAUGCCAGGCGAGCGUGCUACCGCUUGAGCCACAUCCCCAGCCCCCCCCCUAGGAUUCUUGCCAGGCCCAGCCCUCACUGCUCACCUUGCCCAGAACUUGUCGCCGUCAGGCAGGAAGCCGCGCUUGCUUUUAUGCAUGAGAAGUGAGUUUGUGCUUGAUAGAGCUACAGCGUGGUCUUUUCCUUCCUAGAGUCCCACACCUUGACCCCAUAGUUCAAGCCAUCCCAUUGCCUUGCAUAAUUUUGUUUUCCACCAUUUCUUUGCUGUGGAAGAAGAGGUCAGAGAAGAAGGGGACCUUCGCCCUUGCUUGAGAAUAGGCAGGGAGCUGAGACCAGAUUGAUCUCUUAGCCCAGCUCAGAGCUAAUUUUUCUCCCCUGAAAUCCAGGGUCUGAUAUCAGAGAUGAAGGUUGUUUGGUUGUUUUGCAAGCUCAGUAACUUGCCAAGAUUUUCUUUUUUUAAUCUUAAUUUAUAGAUGAAGCAAUGAGACAGAAGGAGUCUUCUCAGUUCAGACUAUUGUCAUCAGGUCCAGUGGCCCAGCCACAUCAUGCCUUGUCCUCCCACUUUUUGCUGAGACCUGAGAAUGUCAUGGUGGGGAGCAUCUGUGGGGUUUGGUAGAAAGGCCACCAGGCUUUGCUGGUGGGGAGGGUGAGACCUUUCCUGGGCGCUACCAGCACUAGCCUGGGUCUCCUGUGAGUCUCCUCUGCCCCCUGCUGGUAAGUGAGGGUUUAGCAGCCUGGAAGGGCAACCCGAGAGGUGAGGGUGACCGGCUUCGAUUUGUAGUAAGCAGAAGGCCCUGCAGGUGUGUUUUUCAGGUGGAGUAUCACUUCAGGCGGGAAAUAAACGUAGAAGAUAUAAAAGGAUCCAGUUUUGCUAUACCUUCCCGCCUGCUUCAGAUCUAGCCAAGAGACAGGACAGCUGUGGCUCAGAAGGUAUUGCUUUAGAGUGAGGUAAGAGCCAUGAGUGCCCCUGGGAAUGCUGGCCCUGUAGCCAGUAAACCAAGAUGUGCCACAGCAGGCCUGUGCCCCCGACACCCCACUUCCUGGGAUAAAUCGUACACUCAGUGCCACCUGUGGUUGUAGGACCUCUUGGAACAACCACACCCUGCAACUUGAGAUUGGAGUCCUCAGGAGCUUUUCCUGAGUCCCCAGAGGUCAAGUCAGCUGUGGGCUGGACCAGGCUGGGGACGGCUCAGCCCAUUGGUGCCCAGCCUCUCAGCCCAGGAGCAGAGCCGAAGCCCUCCAGUCCUCAGCCCAAGCCACCGGCCCUCUCACAAUGGGGCUGUAGCAGGGCCCUGCCUGGCCCAGAACGUGGCAGCCGCAGUCAGUGCAGACGUCCUCUUUUGCCGUAUAUGCCUUUGUGUGCGGUGGAUGCCAAGACGGGCAAGUGGGGGCCUCCUUGACACUGGCCAGAUAUCCCUAUCCCUCAGCAAGACCUGGCCUCCUGAGUCUUGGUCCCUGUUUCCAUGGACCCACACCCUGGCAGAGCUCUCAGCAGGGUAGCUGUUACCAGGACCUCACUAGCUUCGCAGUCCAGGGACUGGCAAAGCCCAGGUAGAGAGUUGCCCCUGAUUCCAGCUGGAGGAUCUCACAGCUCUCUGCUGUAGGGUAGGAUUUUAAAAUACAAAAUAGGGUCCCCUCCCCAUUCCCUCCAAAAUGCAGCCAUGUGUUUCCCCUGCUGGUUGGAGCGUCAGAAGCUGAAUCUGAGAUGUUCCCAACACUGCAGCCAGAGUCAUUAGGGUGUCCUCCCAGGACCCCACCUCCAGGGCCCAGGCCUAAGUACAGGCUCCCAGAGAAUAAGGAGCUAGCUCCUUGCCGGUUCCUGCCGUUUCUCAAAUGCAUAUUCAUGGGCCACAAAGGAAGGACUUUCUAACAUGGCCUGCCCCAUCCCAUUUCCCCACCAUCCCAGGGCCCUUACCCACGGUGUGGACUCUCAGCUCUGCAGGCAAGAGGCUGCUGGGAGCCCCUCGGGGCUGUGGGACUGGAAGGAAAAAAUGUGUUUGGUGGCCAGAGGAAAGAAGCCACUUGCACAUGACAAGGGAGGGAUGGUUGGGAGGCCCCAGCUUCCACCAGAGGCUCCAGUGCCCUCCGCUGCAGUUCCCACAAGGCCAGAUCUAUUCUCACAGCCAAUAGGAGUCUUGUAUUUUUUUUCAUAUUUUCUCUAAAAAUUAAGGUGUGUGUAAUUAAGUUUGGGUUUUUUAUUGUUGUUUAUUUUUUAUUUAAGGACCCCAGGGAGGAAAAAACAAUUAAACAGGGACCACUGGGGCCAGGCAUUGGGGGCCCUGGCUGCAGGGGAUGGUGGCUGCAUUGGGUGGGGCGGCUGUGCUGCUGGGCCCCUGCUUGUCUCCCUGGACUGAGGAUUCAGGAUCGGAAAAGUCAUGUCACUGGAUAUUUAUUUAGAAAUAAAAAUGCUGCCGAAUCCGAA